UCUCUUGUCGGUGUGUCUCGUCUUGUCGUCGUAUUGUAAUGCGUAUAUAAUCGUGUAUUCGUGCAUAUAUGUAAAAUGUACAUAUAUAGUGACUAGUGUAUGAUAUGUAUACAAUAUGUGUUACCGUAAAAAAAGUUAGCUUUAACUCUAUUUAACACGUUUUAACGGUCGAAAGUCUCGAAAGACGCCUCCUUCUGUGUUCCCUCUCUAUACACAGCACUACGUGUUAUUGUGCACAUAUAUGUUUGUAUGUGAUUUGUUGUACCUCGGUGGUGUUCGAGUCUCCGUCUGUCUUGUCUUGCGAAUGUCGUGAGACUUUUAAUAAGUGUGCAAAUGGAGUGAUAAUCUCUCAAUCUGUUAGACAUGAAAAAAACCACACCGGCUUAACUGCAACAUCAUCCAUAGUCAUCUCUGUACUUAUCAGUGUUUGCUGGUAUACAUAGUAUUAUUUGGCCAAGUACAAGAAGACGUUGUGGAGCAGCUGUUUGCACGCGUGUACUCGCCGAUGUAACGUUGCCAAUAAGAAGAAAACUAGGAAAAUUUCACUCUCUUGGUGCUGAGUACUAAUUAAAUCGAACUAAGUAGUAGACUCAGUAACAAGAGUCAUAAGCAGAAUGUCGAUAAGCGACGUCGAACCAUUUGGGAAGCCGUUGCAAGGUUAGUCACCGGGACUAUCCCAUCGACGUCCAGAGAUGUGGCUUCUAGUUUCGCUGCUGCUGUUAGGUUGUUAACACCAUAGAAGUGGAACUACCUAAAGUUAACAGAAAUAGUCGUAACAAAAAAAAGGGAGAGAUAAACAAAGUCUGCGAUUCACCGGUUUUCGGUGCUUACAAAGUAUUCGGCUCUCGGCCUGCGGUGAAGAGAUUGAACGGAAAAGAUGUUUAAUUUCAUGAAGAAGGCGACGGAGAAGGAGGAGAAGGAGAAACGGAAGCGAGAGAAGAGGGAAAAGAAGGAUGUCAAAAAGAGGGAUCGGAGCAGCAUGUCCGCCGAGGAGCUGCUCAGAAUAGACGAGAUGCGGAGGUCACUGAAGAUCCGAGGUCGGCGCAAGGAGAAGGAGAAGCUGCCGAGUGGCAUAACGGCGGACUACAGCGCCUCGUUCUUCGCCCAGUUGGACCGGGACGUGCUCGACGACGCUGGUCUGCUGAACAGCAGCACCGGGUACGCGGGUUCCCCGUCGUCGAUGCUAGGUGGGAGCGCGGUCCUCACCCAGAGCGACUCGUCCGAGGCUUCGCUGACCUCGCUGACCAACUCGAAGAACAAUCUGCCCCCUUUGCCCCCCAAGCCGCCCAAGAGGGGGAUUCUGAAGGGGCCGAGGAUGGGCGGUGGUGGCAACGGCACGAGUAGCGUCGUAAUGGCCACGGAGUCGGCGACCUCGCCCACGUCGUCGUCGUCCUCGUACCUACAGAACGGCUCGAGCCAGGACGGCAACAACCACCAGCCGGUCUACCAGCACGACUCGAACAACCUGCUGGCACGGAACACGCUGCAGAACGAGGUGAUAGCUUACCAGAACCUGCCCUUGCAGCACAGGUCCCGGGACGAGCUGCAGCUCGUGUACAGCGAGGAGGAGUCUUAUCAUCAGGUGCGACGCAGUCCCCACCAAUUCGGACAUCCUGGGCCGCAGGACUCUAAGCUGUUGCAUGUCAUAACGAGCGCGAGUCCCUCGGCGGACUCGCUCACGGACACGACGAACUCGAGCUUCGCGACGCCGCCCUUCAGCUUGUCCCCGGUAGGCGAGUCCCAGGGCUUCUCGCGCUGGCGCUCCUCGGGCUCGUUCGAGGACCAAGGGGUGCUCGAGCUCUCGCUUCCGGAGAUCGUGCCGCUCGAGCUGCCCGAGCCCCGCGAGCUGGUGAUCCAGCGCCAGCCACCCCCGAGGUCGGAUUUCGGCUUCUCGCUGAGGCGCGCCGUCGUCAUGGAACGGCUGCCGAGCGGGGCCACGCAGAUGCGCUCGGUGACGUUCGCCGAGCCCGGGGCCCUCGUGCAAAACGUCAACGACACCGGCCUGCUACCCGGGGACAAGCUCAUCGAGGUCAACGGCAUCAACGUGGACGACGAGAGCCGCGAGGAAAUCAUCGAUCUCAUCAAGAGCUCCAACGGCAGCGUCACCGUCAAGGUUCAACCCGUGGCCGAGUUGUCGGAGUUGUCCAGGCGUUGCGGCACCGACGGCCAAAAAGUCGAGCUGGGCCCGGCCAACAUACGAGGCGGCACCCUCCGACGUUCCGGCAGUUUGCGCUUCCACACAAACAGGGCCAAGUCGGAGGAACACCUUGCCCAGGAGCAGGCCUGGUUGGCGUCGGAGCGCGUCUGGUUGCUGCACCGCGGGGGCUUCACGCCAGCCUCGAGAUGCGGCCCCGCGGAUCCGGACACGGGCAAACUCCGGAUUCGGCUGGUCAACUCGGCCGAGGAGCUGCUCGUCGACGAGGAAGACGUCGAGAAGGCGAAUCCGCCGCAGUUCGAUCGAGCGGAGGACCUGUCGCAGCUGCGCUUCCUCAACGAGUCGUCGGUGCUGCACACCCUGAGGCAACGCUACGCGAGCAAUCUCAUUCACACUUACGCCGGCGACAGUAUGGUCGUCAUCAAUCCCGCGGCGCCCUUGGCCAUUUACUCGGAGAAGGUGGUCCAGAUGUUCAAGGGCUGCAAGAGCGAGGACAUGCCGCCGCACGUCUACGCGAUGGCCCAGUCGGCCUACCGGGGCAUGCUGGCCACCCGCCGCGACCACUCGCUGGUCUUCCUGGGCCGCAGCGGGAGCGGCAAGACGACGAGCUUCAAGCACGCCCUCCACUACCUCGUGCUCGCCGCCGGGGCCGUCAACAAGAUCCUCACGGUCGAGAAGCUCAACGCCCUGUUCACCGUGCUCGAGUCAUUCGGCAGCAGCCGCACCCACAUGAACAGCAACGCCACUCGCUUCACCCAACUAUUCAGCCUCGACUUUGACCAAUCGGGACAGAUAGCCUCGGCAUCUCUCCAGGUGCUGCUGUUGGAGAAGUCGCGGAUAGGCCGGCGCUUGAACGGCGAUCCGACUUUCCACGCGAUCUACCGGCUGUUGGCCGGGGCGGAGGGCACGCUGCGCAAGGAGUUGCACCUGACGAACCUCGUGACCGAGAGCAACAGCAACCCGUUCGUCACGCCCCUUCAGAAGCACGAGGACAAGCAGCGCGCCCAGGUCGAGUUCAAUCGCGUCGUGGCGGCCUUCCGGGUGCUCGGGGUCACCGAGCAGGAGGAGCGGGCCCUGUGGUUCGUCCUGGCCGGUGUCUAUCAUCUGAGCUGCGCGGGUGCGGUCAAGGUGGGCACGGGUUCCCAGAGCCGCUGGCAGUUCGCGAGGGUCGAGGGUGCCGAGAAGGCGGCCAGUCUUUUGGGCACGAGUGUCGAGGAGCUGAGCAGGCUGUUGUUCUCGAGCAACGGGCCGGGCUCGGUUGGCGCGCCCAGUGCCGCCCCUAGGACACCCGCGCUCAGGACGCCCAGCCCGACCGAGCAAAGCAAGGAUGUCACUGGACUGGACGCCCUCGAGGGCUUGCUCGUGGGAUUGUACUCCGAGGUCUUUCACUGUGUCGCUGCUCUAGUCAACAAAUCUAUAACUUCGUCGGUGCACACAGUGUCGUCGCUGCUGCUCUGUGACGCCCCGGGAUUUCAAAAUCCGGCGACCUGCGGACGUCAGACGGGAGCGAGCUUCGAGGAUCUCUGUCACAAUUACUUGCAGGAACGUUUACAGUUGCUGUUUCAUCAUACUACUCUAGUUGCCCCCAAAGAUAGAUACGUACAGGAAGGGAUCGAUAUCGAUCACGAGGACGAGAUCGAGGAACUUGGAUCACCUCAGGGUUUGGUCUCGUUGCUGGACCGAGGAAAUUCACAGAGUGCCACGAUGUUACGAACAAGCCAAAGCGAUUUGAGCAGUUGUCGACAGCUGGAGAGGAAGGGCCUACUGUGGCUCUUGGACGAGGAAACGGUGUGUCCCGGUGGUAGCGACGAGAGCUUUCUGGAUCGGCUGUUUUCGCAUUACGGCGACAGAGAGCAUCAAGUGCUACUCAGAAAAGCACCGGGAAACAAUCAAUUUGUUCUGCAGCAUUUACAGGGAACGAAUCCGGUACUUUAUACUGCAACUGGUUGGCUGAAGGCCACACGCGAAAAUCCUUUCGCGAAAAGUGCAAUAACCAUCCUCCAAGAGAGUAAUAGAGACGAAGUCAGCAGGUUAUUCGUUUGCGCACGAGGUGCUGGAGUUUCUGGUGCUCUGAGUGGAUCGAUUCAUGGUCUGGAAGGCUCUCAAUCUCUGCGGAGAGCUUCGAGUAUAAGGCGCACCUUUACAGCCGUGAAACGAAAAAACGUUUGUUUGCAAGUCAAGUUUACAGUCGACGGUCUUAUCGAGACGCUGAGGAGAACGCGAGUGAAAUUCGUUCACUGUUUCUUACCUCAGCACAAUGCCGGAUGUACGGAAAACAAGAGUCUUUUAUCCGUCAAACCAAGUCAAAGCGAAGACAAUCUUAUCAACGUCCCACUAUUACGAUCACAGGUGAGGGGCAGUCAAAUUCUGGAAGCAGUGCGCCUUCACAAAGUCGGCUUUCCCAAACACAUGCCGCUCAGCGAAUUUCGUCGGCGCUUUGCCCUCCUGUCGAACGACACCUCGACUCGCCCCGGAAGCCCCGUGGCCGACGAACGCAGAGCCGUCGAGGACAUGCUUCUAUCCGUCGACGUCGAUCCUGCCUCCUACCGCGUCGGUCAAAGUCAGAUAUUUUUCCGAGCCGGCGCCCUCGAGCGGCUCGAGUCCCAGAGAGACGAGAAGCUCACGGGACACAUAAUUCUGCUGCAGGCGAGAUGCCGGGGCUACCUUGCUCGUCAAAAACUCAACAAGCUCAAGCUGCAAGACCUGGCGGUCAGAUGUAUACAGAGGAACGUGCGGAAGCUCAUGUCGGUGCGCGAGUGGCCCUGGUGGAGGCUGUACGUGAAAGUGGCGCCCCUCCUGAACGUCCACCGAACAGAGGACCAACUCAAGGCGAGAACGGAGGAGCUGGAGAUCCUGCGAGCCAAAGUCGACCGGCUGGAGCAGGAGCGCAACCACCUGAAGCACGACAACGACAGGCUCGAGGCCAAGCUGAGCGAGAUGACGGCCGACUUCGCGGAGGAGCACUCGACGUCGACCCUGGCCGCGGAGCGUAUCGACGCCGAGCAGUCCGAGCGGCUGAGGCUGGAGCGCGAGCUCCAGGACGUGAGCGAGACGAACAAGAGCCUCCAGCAGCAAGCCGAGAGGCUGGAGAUGGAGUUGCUGUACGCCAGAGCGGCCGAUCUCAACGGGCUGGCCUCCGACGCCGAGGACGGCGAGGACGCGGGUGUCUACAAGCAGAGGUACCAGCACGCGAUGCGCGAGCUCGAGUUCACCAAGCGGAAGAUGGCCCAACAGCACGAGGACGACCUCGAGCAGCUCGUCGGGCUCAAGAAGCAGCUCGAGAAGAAGUUGGCGGACGCUUACGAGGAAGUUGAGGAGCAGCGCCAGGUCGUGGGUCAGUGGAAGAGGCGGGUGCAGAAGCUCAACGGGGAGAUGCACGACCUGAGACUCCUGCUCGAGGAGCAGACAGCCAGGAACAAUUUGCUCGAGAAGAAGCAGCGGAAAUUUGAUUCGGAGACGCAAAAUUUGAUGGACGACUUGAGGCAGGAGAAAAUCGCGCGCGAGAGACUCGCACGGGAGAAAGAAAUCGCGAUCGCAGAAAAGUUCUCGAUCGAGCAGAACCUGAGUGACGCGAGGUUGGAGAUCGAACUGAAGGAGGAGCGACUGCAAACGCUGAGCCAAGAGCUGGAGGAAUUGACCUUCGGGGGCAAAACGGAGGAGGAAGUGGCACAGCUGAAGAAAGCCAAGCACGAGCUGGAGAAAAAGGUCAAAGACCAGGAGGAGGAGCUGGACGAUCUCGCGGGCCAGGUGCAGUUACUGGAGCAAGCCAAGUUGCGCCUGGAGAUGAGUAUAGAGCAGCAACGCAAGGAGAUGCGCAAGGAGAUGCAGCAGCGGGACGAGGAGCUCGAGGACGUCAGGGGCAGCGCCAUGAAGAAGGUCAAGGCUCUGGAGCAGCAGCUGGAGAACGAGCACGAGGAGCGUACGAUCGUCCUGAGGGAGAAGCACGAGCUCGAGCGUAGACUCGUGGCCAUUGAGGACCAAGACAGGACGGACCGUGCCGUCGAGGCCGAGACUACGCAGAGACUGAAGCGCGACCUAAAGAGAACGCGAGCUCUGCUGAGGGACGCCCAGAUGAUGCUCGAGCGCUCGAAGGGCGACUCCACGGGCAAGGCCGCUCUGCGCCACUUGAAAAAUCAACUCGAGGACGCCGAAUGCGCCAGAACCGUGGCCGUCAAGGCCAAGCAAGCGAUCGAGCAGGAGCUGAGCGAGACCCAGGCUGCCCUCGAGGAGGCGUCGAGGCAGCGCUCCGAGGCCGAGGACCGCGCGAACACGGCGAAUCGAGAGCGAGCCGAGCUGCUAUCCCAGCUCGAGGAGAACGAAGAGGAACUAGCCGAGGUGCUGAAGAAAUACCGCGCGGCCGUUCAGCAAGUGUCGGCCGAGCAGGCGCAGUUACAGGAGUCCCAGGUGCAGAUAGCUGCCCUCGAAGCUGAGAAAUCGUCGCUGAAGGAUCAGCUGUCGGAGCUUAGCCAGCGGCUCGAAUCGGUCGAGCAGCUCGGCGAUCCCACGGCAAACAGCCUGGCGACGAGGCGUCUCGAGUUCCGCACCAAAGAACUCGAAAGCAAGCUCGAGCUCGAGCAGACGACGAGGGCGCGUUUAGAGACGCAAAUAGCGAGACUGAAAGAGACGGUCGAUAAACUGCAGUCCGAAAGCGCUCUGUUGCGCACGAAGGAGCAGAGCGCCCAGGACGCGGCGCGUAGAUUGCAGCGCUCGUUGCGCGAGGUUCGCGAGGAGGCGGCCUCGGCCUCGGCCAGGGAGCAAGAGGCCACGCGAGCGCGUCGCGAUCUGGAGAAAUCCUUGGAAGCAGCUGAGGCCGAAACCAAGGUGGUCAAGGAUGACCUACGGUUAGCUCUGCAGAGGGUCGAUGAUCUGCAGAGUGCAAUCCAGGGCGAGCUUGACCUCGACUGCAGUGAAGAGGGCACCUCUGAUAACAGCGAUAGUGACUGAUCGACAUCGAUGGCAGACUACGAGUCUCAGGAUGAAAAAGUCAGCAAGGCAUGAAACAGGGCUCUAGCAUGAAUAUUUCUGGGAGUAUCGAAGAGAAAUGUCUUACUCUGAGAAAUCGACUGAGCGCAGUGGUGCGUGAGACUGCGGCGUUUAACCGAAAAUGAUAAAUCAGAAAAAAAGCAAGAUUAGCCUUAAUUUCUAACCAAGUGUGCGGGAGCGCAUACUUUUCUUUACAUAUAGUAACAAUAAUUACUGUGAGUCAGCUGUUUAAUACGCUACUGUAAUGUCGUGGUCGAUCACUUGUUAUAAAUGUUAGCAUUUUUAUCGACACAAGCCAUGUGAAGGGAAAAAAAAAAAAAAAAACUUAU